CAUUUCAAAGUAGCAUUUACAGGUUUCCGUUAAACUGUGACCGUUAGGUGGACAGCCCAGUCAGCUGUUCUAUUAUUUUUGAGGUGUGCACACACUGGCGCCCAGGCCAAACAAAUUGUUUCGCAAAUAUAUGGAAUUUGUAGCUUAAAAUGGAUGAGGAAGAGCAUUUGCAUCGCUUUGGAACCCCGUUGCAGCCGCUAGAGAAGGAUGUAGUGCCGGCAAAAAAGCCUGUGGGCAUCGAGGAUCAAAUAGUAAAGGAUGAAAAUGGAAAGCGCAGGUUUCAUGGCGCCUUCACCGGCGGCUUUAGUGCUGGCUUCUGGAACACCGUGGGAUCCCUGGAGGGCUGGACGCCGCAGACCUUCAAAAGUUCGCGGGCGGAGAAGGCAACUCCGCGGGCUCAGCUGAAACCGGAGGACUUUAUGGACAAUGAAGAUCUUGGUGAAUUUGGCAUUGCUCCACAAGGAAUUCGCACGCGCGAUGAGUUCGCUAAGGAGGAUGAGCAGGAGCAACGUUCCGGGCAACGGCGCCGUAAGCUGAUGCAGCCGGAAUUGGGAGUGGGACCCAUACCCGGAGUUCCAGUGCUGGAGCAACUUCUACGCCCGGUGCGUGACAAAGUGGCUGUUCGGAUACUCAAGAGCAUGGGAUGGAAACCCGGCCAGGGAGUGGGCCCACGACAAACGCGAAAGGAAAAGCGCCAGGCCACUGCAAGAAACACGAGAGAACAGUAUCUCCUAGAUCACUACGGUGCAGAGGGCUUACCUGAACAAACAGAGUCUAAUGGAGAAGAUAGCAAUUCUGAGGAAGAGGACGACGAAGAUAUUACCUUUGCGCCGGAUGACUUUGAGCCCAUCUUUUACACGCCCAAGGAGAAUCGAUUUGGCAUGAGCUACUCCGGCCUCAGCCGCGAUCCCAUCCUAUCAAAGUCCUCCUCUAGCUCUGCGAAAGCAAUGCAGCACAUCAAUCUCUUUGGUCAAUUGGAGGAGCAGGCUAAAAACAAACAGCUCUCCAUAAGGGGUCAGGCCUUUGGAGUGGGAGCAUUUGAGGAAGAGGACGAGGACAUCUACGCCCGCGAUGAUAUGACCCGCUACGAUUUUUCGCUGGCAGACAAAAAACCCAAGCAAAAGAAGCAGCAACACGUCCAGCAGCGUCACGUUAUUGAUGGCUUUAGUGAGGAUAAAUCGGGGGCAGCUCUUCAGAAGCCCUAUGCCAUUGAUUUGCCUAGGGAUUUCCAGGCCAGAAACUGGCUACAGCGAAAGAGUCGUUUUGCUCCCAUGGACAAGGAACGAGCGAAAAAACUGGAGACAGCCACUGAGUAUAAGCGCUCGGGUCUGGGCAGGCACGAUUUUAAUCCUGAUCAGCGAGCGCAGCUUCUAGGGGAAGAGAAAAAAGAGGAAAAGCCGAAUGAAGAACAGCCCAAGCGGAAUCCUUUCAAGGAUCGCGGUAAGUCCUUGCUAGAUCGCAUCAAUGCCAGGACUGAGGGAUUCACCAAGGGCGGAAUAAUCACUGAAAGUGGCGAGGAGAAGCAAACCGAAUUGACUAAAGAGGUAAAAGAAUCCAAUGCCGCAAUACAAGAGAAAGCUGCGCUGAAGACCAAGGAUCUGGCUCCUGCAACUUCAUCUUCAGGCGCUUUUAAACCAUUCCUGGCUGAUGAAGCCAAACAGCUUCGUUACGAAAAAUACGUGGCCUCCAAACUAACAGAUGACACAGAGAUAACCGAGCUACUCGCCAGUAUGCAACCGGUCACUCUAUCCCUUUGGGAUCGAGAAAUGGAAAAGAAGGAGUUCAUCCAGGCAGCAAAGAUCUAUCGCCCAUUAGAUGGUCUUAUGAAUGACAGAUUCAUUUCGGAAGGCAAUGUCCAGGCAGAGAAGGUCAAGGAGCAACAAAAGACGCCAGAGGAACGAAAAAUCGUGAUGGAGCGGAUCAAGACCAUGUGGAAGCCUGCCUCACUGCUCUGCAAGCGCUAUAAUAUUGCGGAACCUUUUGGUGGGGCCAUGCUAGAGCCCGAAAAGGAGCUCAAGACCAAGCCGAAGAUUUCGGUGUUCGAUUAUUUGGAAACGUCCAUCAACACAAAAGCAAACUUUCAGACUCCCUCUAUUAUACCAAAGCACAUAGAGAAGCCGAAACCUAAAGUAGUGGAACCCCCAGCUCUACCUCCUGCUCCCCCGCCGGUAACCAAUGAUCCGGAAAAACCACCUUCAAAAGAAGAGCCAUUCAAAUUUACUUUUGUGCCCAAAACUCCCUUGGAGCAGGCGGUGGACGAAUCCCGUGACAAACCCAUAUCAGAGAAAGUGGAUCUAUUCAAGUGCAUCUUUGAUGACAGUGACGAGGAGGAGACUGUUGAUCAACCGCCAGAGGAUCCUGCCCAGGAUAAAUUGGCUGCCCUGCAAGUGGCUCUAGGCUUACCCUCUAUGUCAACAGCUUCAGCAGCAGCGCAUAAUGUCCUUAGGAACACUUCGCCCCCAAGAGGAAUCUUUGCAGCCCUAUUCAAACCAAAGGAGGAGCAGGCACCCAAAGAGCCACCUCCACCCAAGUUCGCUCCAAUCGAGGGGAAUAAGUUAAAAAUUGCGUACAAAUCACGCGAGGAGCGACUAAGAAACGAUAAGGAAUUAGCCAUGGCCGAGGUGCCGCCCGAGGAUAUAUAUGGGCCAAAACUGCCAGAAGCAUUUCCUCAGAAACCUGUAGCACCAGAGGAUCGGACAGAGGCCAGCAUCGAUGCCAAACUGCAGCAGCUUUGGCAUGAGCAUGCUCCCAAAAAACGGAAAGUCGAAAAGUGGGUAGAAAAGAAGAGCAUCUCGAGCAGCGAGGACAGUGAUGAUAGUUCCAGCGCUGAUUCCUCAUCCUCCGAUUCUUCUGGUGGCAAGGCCAAGAGAUCCAGCAAACUCAAGAAGUCACACAAGAGCUCCAGCUCAAAGAAGUCCAAGAAAUCAAAACUGAAAUCCAAGAAAAAAUCCAAGAAGGCAGAAAAAUCCAAACACAAAAGCAAGAAGAAGAAGAGUAAACACUGAUAGUAAAUAUUUAAUAAACAGAUUUGCCGUGCUUUCUUUUCUUAAAUCAAUUGGAUCACUUAAUGGUAAAUUAAACAUUGGGCUCGUGCAAAUUUUAUUGGUUUUCUUUUCACCUUUUUUAAAUAAAUUGUGGUGCACGCUCGAAAAAAGAUGUUUAUUAAAAUGUUAAUUGAUCUGAUCAUAUAAGCUUCAUAAUGCAAAUACGAAAUUUGUAUAAUCUUUGUUAGUCAAUUUCCUAAUCAACACCAUAGAAGGUAUUUAAUUGUUUGUUUGUUGUCUUAUGUUUAAAUACAUUUUUUAUGUUUUUAAUAUUUGUUUUUUAAAUUAACCAAAAACUACAAUUUCAAACCUAA